GUUGAAUCACAAGACGAUGGUGAAGCCUCCGUCGACAUCCACCGCAAGAGGCCGGUCCCGCCCCUGAGCUUCGACAAGGAGACCCUGAUUUUCCAGUCCGAUGUGGACAUGCAGGAGGUCGUCGCGGCAUCUCGCUGGAAGUGCAUGCUGGGCGGAGGGCUCGGCAUCACGGGCUUCUAUGCGCUGAUAGCCUCGCUGAGCCUCCACGGCAGCCUCCCCCUGGAGCUGGCGAUGGUCUUCUGUGCCGGGCUCUGUGCGAAUGCCUAUGCGCAUUUCAUCACGGCCCAGAAGCUCAUACGCAAGCUGGCAGCCAGACACGUGGAUCAGCUCUCGGUGAUGCCGCUGGAAGCGAAAGAGAAUUUGCAG